AUGAUAGCCCAAACUAGUGGUCAACUACUGGACAGAGCUAUACAUAAGUGUAUUACGAAUAACACGACAAAAGUGAAUGAGAAUCACCCGAAUGGCAAAUACCGGUGCGAAUACUUCGGAUGCAACCAAUGGUUUGCCCGCAAGGACCUAAUGGACUCUCACUUAAGACUCCACACAUCAAUGCAAGAGGCGAUCACUUUUGAGCAGACAUUUGACGCAAACACUUAUGAUAAGAGCAAAGACCCCAACACUCAGAAGAUCAAUGAAAUCAUUUUUGUGCCACAAAUGGAGCUCGAAGUCAUUGAAUACAGCAGUACUGCUGAGACCACUAAUGCCAUAGAAUCUCUAUCGUAUACGAACAGCAAUGACAGCAAUAGUCAGAACAAAAACGGCGACAAAACGCUGAUUGCGUGCGACAUCUGCGGCAAGAACUUCAGCAAACACUACAUCCAAUCUCAUCGGCGGUCGCACACCGGCGUCAAGCCCUACAAGUGCUCGUACGGCGGGUGUGAGCGCACGUUCACUCAGACCAGUUCACGCAACUAUCACGAGAAGACUUACCACCGAAUCGAUAAAUAUUCGCUGAAAUGCUAUUACAGUAACUGCGAGAAGUCGUUCGGCCGACAAAUUGCGGGUACUUACCACCGAAUCGAUAAAUAUUCGCUGAAAUGCUAUUACAGUAACUGCGAGAAGUCGUUCGGCCGACAAAUUGAUCUGCAGAAGCAUUUGGCCGUUCAUAACAACGCCGGCACUUCACUAGCCUUUAGCGCCAGUUCGCUGAUAGCGCCGGUAGUCUUGAACGAACACCAAUUUGUGAAACGGCAUACCACUCGUAGGCUGAGGCGUGUGCCGCACAGGUCUGGCAAACACGGCUGUCCUCAUUGCGGCAAGACAUUCGCGCAUAAGGUUGCGCUCCGACAGCACGAAGUAAUUCAUGGGAACAAACAGUUUGUGUGCACUUACGCUGACUGUCAGUACGCCUCGUAUUGGAAGCAAAACCUGUCGCUUCAUCUGCGAAGACACCACAAUCAGCCGUAACACCAAUGAGACGAUUAUAACAGAGAUUUUUAAUAAUAAUAACUAAUUUAAAGCAC